AUGGCCACAACCGAUGGCCCUGCUCGGGCGCAUGGUAUGGCCCCUCUUUCACCCGCCCGAACACUACUCACAAUCCUUCGUAUAGACCGCAAUGGCCGCCGCCGUCCAUUUGCGAGCUGGAUGAAGCGCCUGGCGAACCUCAAAAGCUCCAACGAGUCCAGCACUAUCCGAUGGUCGAACAUGCGCCAUGGCACAUCCAAAACCAAGAACCGCAACAUCAAGAACAAUCCAUAUCCCUUGUCCGGCCACCCCCAAGCCCUCCAACAAUCCACCAGCGACCGCGCCUCUUCCCACCACAGCGGAGACCCUUCACGACCUCGAUCUCAUUCUCGAAGCGAACCGUCCAUCGCAUACUCCGGAUAUGAAACGAACGUCCCCGCAACGAGCGCGAAGUCGGCGGCUCCGACGAUCUCCACAAACGGCGAGACAGCUAUAUCUGAGGCUGCAUAUUCAAAGGCUGGGACGUCGGCGACGGUCGGAGGAGGUGUGAGCACAAACGGAGGUGGAGAAGGGAGCACGUUUUCGUCGCCGGCGCCGUCUGUACGGUCGCUGACCACGACGCUGACGACCGUGCAGUCAGCGGCACCGUCAAACAUAUACAACACGCAAAACCAUACGCCCCACCACAAUCACGGCCAUUCUGCAACCGGCGCACAGCAAGUGCAGUUCUCACACCAAUUCCCCUCGUCCCCCGCCACGGCCGUACCACACCAUCUUGCCCCGCACGGCCACUCGGUCACAUACAGCGUCGCAACCGCAAACAACAUCCUCACCGACAACGCGUCGAUCUUAACUCUCGCAUCCUCGUCCAAGCGACGCCGCCGAAACUCCUUGGAUACCAAUGCCUCUGUCCGCGCGCUCGCUCCGUCCUCCGUCUUCGGCGGCAGCCGUGAGAGCCUCCCCUUGAGCGUCCUAAGCGGCGUCGGCGAAGCAUCAAAUACAUCCAUCCUCAACGCUCCUGGCGUCCUGAGCCGACCCAGUCUUGUUGGUCUAGCAAGUGCGGAACGAGCGAGCGUCUAUUCGUCAUCCGGCGUAGCGCCAAGUGGGGAACGCAGCAGCCUUUACGCCAAGCAAAGCGCAGUCACUGGUGAUGGAGCGAGCAUUCGCAGCGGUGCACACUCACAUGCGCGCCAGGACAGCAAUGCCGCUAGUAUUGCCGGUACUGGACCCCAGUCUAUCCAGCCCGGACGAAUCAGCCGUCGCAGCUCGGGAUGGGGAGAGAUCUGUGGCGAGGACGAGGAGAGUGAUGAUGAGAAGACUGGUACUGGAGUCAGAGAUACUGGGAAGAUUGAGGAGCACUGA